UUCGCCUAUAAAAAGGACGAGGCCCUGCUCCUCUUCGACUAUCCGGGGAACCAGCUCAAUUUUGAAGACAUCUCCGUAGAAAAGGAAAGCAGAAGAAAAUGGCUGCAAACCACAGGCCAAAUCUUGGUUUCGAGAGAGACAGCAUCGCUGUGCAUCAUGGAGUCUUCGCUCUGCUCGUGGACACAUUAAAUAAACAGAUCCAAGUGAAAUACCAAUCCAUGCCCACUUCUCCAUACGAUACUAACAAGUGGGUCAUGUCAGCAUUUUUGGCGGCUCUAUUUGUAUACGCGACAGCAUCGGUGGCCGAGGCCAUACCGCGGAGCCAGGAAUCAGUUUACCAGAGGCUUGCCGGCAACAUCCGCCUCUUUGCCAGCGCCCUUGCUACAGUUUUCCUUCUGGUGCUUCUUAUCCCAGCUUGGGGGUAGUGUAUCAUUUCUGUUCCGUGGAUUUGUUUAUUUGUGUCAAGAAUUCUACCAAUUGCUAAGCCGAGCAUGUACUGACAUGCUGGAAAAGCUAUUUGAAGGUGAGAGGAGCCGUAAAGAGGACCCAAGCAAGUCAGCAGAAAGUGUGGCAUUGUAUUAAAUGAUUGCCUUCGAUUCACUUGCUUCCGCCCACCCAUUCUCUUCACAUGUAUUCUUAGAUUGUCAAGAUACGUUGUAUUUGUUGCUGUACAAGAGAAUUGAAUAGAGAAGAGGUCACUUUUUCUGUGACCGGUGUAUUCUUUUUGCA